AUGGCUUCACAAAAGAAACAAUGUGUCAUUCCUUUUAAGCCAUCCAAUUCAAGUAAUCCGUUUAUAAGUCCCGGGUUUAGAUUUUCUAAUGAAAAGAUGAGGGAAGUCAUUGCCACUUCUAUUAUGGUACAUGAGUAUCCUUUUAGCAUUGUAGAAGACGAUGCUUUUAUAUGGUCAUUUCAGUAUGCGAACCCUGAAUUUCAGAAAGUUUCUCGUAAGACGAUACGAAGUGAUUGCAUAGCAAUAUAUGAAGCAGAAAGAAAAGCAUUGAAGGAAUUAUUAAAGAGUGUGAGCAAGAUUAGCUUGACAACAGAUAUGUGGAAAUCCAGUCAUCAAGUGAUUGAAUAUAUGGUAAUCACUGGUCAUUUUAUAGAUUCUGGGUGGAAGCUUCAGAAAAGGAUUUUAAGCUUUGUCAAGGUGCCUGCUCCAAGGCGAGGAAUUGAUGUAGCCAAUGCCAUUUUCAAAUGUUUGAAGGCUUGGGGGAUCGAAGAUAAAGUGUUCUCAGUAUCAGUUGACAAUGCUUCAUAUAAUGACUCGUGCUUGAGGUAUCUAAAAGACUACAUAUCACGCAGCACCAAGCUUGUCCUCGAUGGAGCUCUAUUUCAUGUUAGAUGUUGUGCACACAUAUUGAAUCUUUUGGUGCAAGAUGGGCUUAGUCGAAUCAAAGAUAUCAUCCAUAAUGUUCGUGAAAGUGUGAAGUAUGUAAACUUCAAUGAUUCAAGAUUGAAGAGUUUUGGUGAAGUAGUUGAACAAAAGCAUCUAAAAGAAAGGAAGUUGAUAAUUGAUUGUCCAACAAGGUGGAAUUCUACAUAUCACAUGUUAGCCGCUGCUUUAAAAUUCAAGAUUGUCUUCUCAGAAUACCAAGAAAGAGAACCUCAUUAUACAUUUGCACCUUCAAAUGAAGAUUGGGAGAAAGUCGAGAAAGUUUGUAAACUUUUAGAGGUUUUCAACUUAGCUACCAAUUUAAUAUCUGGAAGUGAAUAUCCUACUGCCAACUUGUAUCUUUCAGAGGUCUGGAAAGUGAAGCAAGUAAUUGAUGAUGCGACAAAGGAUGAUGAUCUUUUUAUGAUACAAAUGGCAACGCAAAUGAAAGAAAAGUUUGAUAAAUAUUGGGGUGAGUGCAAUCUAUUGAUGGCUGUUGCAAAUGUAUUGGAUCCGAGAGUUAAAUUUCAUGGUGUUGAAAUAUGUUUUCCAAUGAUAUACAAGUCUGAAGAAGUUGCUGCCGAGUAUGUGAACAAAGUGCGUGCUUCACUGCAACAACUAUAUAAUGAUUAUGUGGCCUUAAGUGUUGAAGAAUCAUCCUCAAGUCAGUGCAAUAUGGCUAACAUCUCCUCUGCCACCACCCAAUCUGAAUCUGCGAUAGUUACUGGGUUUGAUCAAAUUAUGAGUCUUGUAAGAGCAAAAGAAGCAAUUCCUGUAUCAAAAUCUGAAUUGGAUGCCUAUCUCGAGGACAUGGUGGAGGAACAACAACAUGAAAUAUAA